AUGCCCCGGCAGGAUUCCUCAAAAAGCGCAGCGCCUAUAUCUCGCGAAGAACUUCGGGGGUCCGACGCGCAUCGCCGCGGCUCUAGCGGGUCGCGGAAAGAGACGCCUGGGGCGUGCGGCGGAGACUUGCCGGCGGCGUCGCGCCUGAAUGGCGAGGACCGCAGAAAGCGGAGUCGGAGCCCAGAGCUGUCGCCCGGGCGAGAGCGGAGGGCCGACCGUGAAACGAAAAGACAGACUCAAGGCGGUGGCCUCGCGCGCCUGCUGGAAGUCGCGGCGGGCGCCUCGGCGGCUGCAGCGCGCGAAGUGGAGGCACGGAGAGAAGCUGCGUUGAAGCGUGCGGCUCAGUGGCACGGCGAGUCUCGGCGCGAAGUUGAGCGCAGCCGCUCAGAAAGACCAUGCUGCGGCCUGAGCGGCGCGAGGGUGAAGCACGAGAAUGGUGGCCCCGCUGAAAGGCGCUCCGGAUGGGAUGUUAAGAGCGAAGGCUUUCACGAACGCGUGAAGCAGGAGAGAAAGGAGGAACUGAGAGAAAACACAGAGGGACGGAGCGGCGAGAACUCGAAAAGCGCCAGGUUCAAAAGAGAAGGAGACGGCGAUGCCAAAUACGCCUGGGGACGGCCCGCCUCCGAGACAGGAACGGGACUGUUGAAAGACGACAGCCGACGAAAUGGAAAGGACGAACAAAAGGAAGAACAAAAAGAAGUUUUGAAGCCGAAUUUCGAGCCUUCCGGGCUGCUCAAGGAGGAGCAGGGUGAAAAUUCGAGGAACGGCGUCUCCCUCAAGCACACAGAACCGGCGGAUGCUGCGAUGCCCACGAAGAAAUGGCGUCUCUACAUGUUCAAGAAAGAUCGAACGAAGCCUGCAGCUGAGGCAGCGACUCAACCGCCGGACAAGACGCUUCACCUUCAUCGUCGAUCCUCCUUCAUUUUCGGGAAAGACAACCGGGUUGCGGACAUUCUUCUCAUGCACCCGACAAUCUCCAAGCAGCACGCAGUUUUGCAAUUUCGAAAGAAACUCGGGGACGUUAGUCCCUACAUCAUCGACCUUGAAAGCACGAACGGGACGUAUCUGAACGGCGAAAAAAUCGAAACCUGUCGCUACUACCAACUCAGAGAGCAAGACACGCUUCGAUUUGGAAAAAGCAGUCGCGACUUCGUUCUUCUCCAUACGGGAAGCGUCGCAGUGGAUAUCAGCUACAACUCCUUCCUGGAUUCCAGACACGCCGACGGUCAAAUGUCGACAGACUGA